CACCUGCAUACUAUAGUCCGUAUCAGUUCUAUCGAAUGUCUCCUAAAAAGUUAAUUAUUUCGUUACAACAAAAGUGUUUGAAAAUUGUUUACAACAAGCUCUAUUACGCAAUAGACGACGAAGAUCCGAACGCUUAUUUGGCUAUAAGAAAAUGCCUGCCGAGAAAUUCGUUACUAGAUUUAUUAAAAAGAUUAUCACACGCAGAAAAUCUUGAUAGAUAUACACGUUUCAAUUGUCUUCAAUUAUUGUUACGAGAAGGAUCUAGGGAAUUGGAUACAGGAAUAUUCCCUAGAAUCUAUUACGAUAAAAUUCUCAAAGUAAUACUCGAUCGAGGUCAGAGAUUACAGCAUUUAAAUUUCAAAGGUGUUUGGAUUAGAGAUUUUCCCGAUCUACUCAGUAAGGUUAUAAGAAAUUCUCCGGGUUUAAAAACCCUUAUUAUACCACAAAUGGCUAACAAUGAAGUAUUAGAAGCUAUAAAUACGUUGGAAUAUUUAACUGUUUUGGAUAUAAGUGGGGAAAGUUAUUUUACAGUUAAUGGAAUAAAGAAAUUGAGCAAUAAGACACUACAAGUCCUCGAUCUUGGAUACGCUGGAGACAGUUGCUUCUGUCAAGAAGACGAAUUAGAAGAACCGGAAUUAGAAGAAGAAGAAGGAUCUGAAGACGAAGAAAACGAAGAGGAAGAAUUAAACGAAUUCGAAGACGGUACGGAAGAGAGAGAUUUUCAAUUAUUAGCAGAAAUAAUAGAAAAUUUACCAGCUUUGAUAUCAUUAAAGACCUAUUCCUUCACAGGUAAUGCGAUAUCUGUACUAAAAGGAAUGAAUCCUAAUUAUAAAACUAAUUUGAAAUUCUUACAUGAUUCAAAUACGUCAGUUGAUAUUAUGGACAGCGUUGUUAGCUUAUGUCCGGAUUUGGAAGAUAUACAUUUAGAAGAAGCCGAAAGUGAUGUCCUAGAAGAUUUAUAUAAAUUGAGUAAAUUGAAUACUUUACAAUUAACCAAAUGCUACAUCGAUGAAUUUUUAUUCUCUCUAGAUAUAUUUGGAGGACAGUUGCAAGUGUUGAAGCUGAACAAUAUGACAGAAACUCAUCUAGAUUUAUCUGAUCUAUGUAUUUCAGCUCCCAAUUUACACACGAUCGAACUUUAUCAAAUGAAACUCGCUUUCACAAAUAAAGAUAAUUAUUUCGGCAAUUUAAAUAACAUGGAUUUCAGUUAUUGUGAAACAACUAGUGAUACUAUGUUAUCGGUUUUGCGAAAUUCUCCUUCCCUGAAAGUAUUUAGAGUUCUAGAGUGUUUAGUAAAUUUAUCGGAUAAAGAUAUUUUUGAUUUAUGCUCUGAAAGGAAAUUGGAGAGCUUGGAAAAAUUAUGGUUCUCGUCUGCCGGAACACUCACCGCUGCUAGCGUGGAGAUGUUGAUGGAAAGUUGUCCGAAUUUAGUCCAAAUUGGAGAGUUAGAUGGAUGGGACGUUACCAAAGAAGAUAUGGUAGAUUUGAGAGCCGUUAUCAAAGCUACCAAUAUUGAUUUGAAAAUUACUCCGAGGUAAAACGAUAAAACACAAUUUCUAAUAUUAUUGUAUAUCUGUUUUACGAAAUAUAUAUAUUUAAAGAAUUA